AAACUAGUCAGCAGCGGACCGGGUAAAGAGUACGCAUCUAGACGUCUCCGGAAACCCCCAAUAGAUUUCUGCAAGAAAAACGACGCCGGUAAACGACAAUCAAAAGGAGAACCACCGGGGAAUGGCGGAGAAAUUGGCACCAGAGAAACGCCACAGCUUUUUCCAUGGAAGUCAGAAGGUUUUCGAAUGGGAUCAAACUCUAGAUGAGGUUAAUAUGUACAUCACUUUGCCUAAAGGAGUUCCUACCAAGCUGUUUCACUGCAAAAUUCAGUCCAAACAUGUUGAAGUUGGAAUCAAAGGCAAUCCUCCAUAUCUGAAUCAUGAUUUGACUUUGCCUGUAAAGACAGAUUCUUCAUUUUGGACCAUAGAGGAUGAUAUACUGCACAUCACUUUGCAAAAAAGGGAUAAAGGUCAAACAUGGUCAUCUCCAAUAGAAGGUCAAGGCCAGCUUGACCCCUAUGCAGCUGAUCUUGAACAGAAACGUCUCAUGCUUCAGAGGUUUCAAGAAGAGAACCCAGGAUUUGACUUUUCUCAGGCUCAAUUCUCAGGGAACUGUCCUGAUCCAAGAACAUUCAUGGGUGGCAUCAGAUCCGAUUAGAAAUCCUCCAUUUCUUUCACUGAACAUGAUUGUACAUUAUUAAAUACUUUACCUAAAAUAAUCAUGUGUUUGUACAAGUGUAUGUCUACAAAUUGAAUGUAAUUCUACCCUAAAAUGGGCAUGCAUGCA